AUGAUUAACAUACCCAAACUUCUUUAUGAAGCUGUUGCCAAAGAGUUCAAAGAUUAUGGAGGUCCAUGGCUUUACUACUUGCUAGCACUUUAUAUUUCAUUACCAUUGUUAGCAUAUUACAUCAUCCCUACACUCACUGCCAAUCCGAUGAAGUUCACCAAAAGGAAGUCCAUAAGUAUCAUAGUGCUUGGUGACCUUGGCCAUUCGCCCCGGAUGAGGUACCAUGCCCUAUCGUUAUCCAAAUAUGAAUACGUGGUUAAUUUGGUGGGGUAUAUUGAAUCAGAUAUACCCAUUGAAAUCAUAGAUGAUCCAAAUAUUGAACUUUAUGAUAUCAAAAUGAUCAAGAAUCAAUUCAAUUUACCCUUCGUGGUGUUUGCUGCAUAUAAAGUCAUGUUCCAAGUGGUUAGUAUAUUUCAAUUGUUAUUUCAGUUGAAAGGAUCCAAUUAUAUAAUGAUCCAGAAUCCUCCUUCAUUACCUUUACUUUUGAUGGUGGUGGUCUUCACCAAGUUAUUCAGUAGAAGAACUAAAUUGGUUAUUGAUUGGCACAAUCUCAAUUAUACCAUUUUGAACUUGAAAUAUAACAAUUUGAAUCACCCAAUGGUCAAGUUCUUGAAAUGGUAUGAGAAAUCUUUGAGUGGGUAUGCUGAUUUGAAUCUAACGGUAACCGAACAGAUGAAAUCUUUCCUUGUCAACGAAUUUAAUGUGGAAAGUGAGAAAAUUAUCACUUUAUAUGAUCGUCCAAACGAAAGAUUUCAACCUCAAAAGUUUGGUAAUGAUGAUAUACAACAACAGUUCCCCAAUAUCGAUAUGUUAAUGAGUGGAAUCCCAGAUAAUGAAUCGUAUAAGAUCAUUAUAAGUUCUACGUCUUUCACCCCAGACGAAGAUUUCAAUAUUCUACUUGAUGCUUUGGUCUUAUACCAAAAGGAUAUGCAAUCUGACCGACUUCUUCCUCCAAUAUUGUGUGUUAUCACCGGUAAAGGACCCAUGAAAGACCAAUUUCUUUCCACAGUUCGUCAAUUGGAUUUUGAUCCGAAACAAAUCAUUGUGAAAAAUGUAUGGCUUGACCCAGAAGAAUACCCUAUUAUGAUCUCCAUGGCUAAACUAGGUAUCUCUUUGCAUACAUCUUCAAGUGGGAUUGAUUUACCAAUGAAAAUAGUCGAUAUGUUCGGUUGUGGAGUUCCUGUGAUCUCUUUACAAUUCCCAGCCAUUGGAGAAUUGGUCAAGGACGGUGUCAAUGGCUUGAUAACCACUAAGAAUAACCAAAAGCAAGAUCAAAGUACCCAAGUCUAUCAAUUGUUGAAACAAGCUUUAAUGGACAACAAUCUCUAUCAAACAAUUAAAAAUGGUGCAAUGGAAGAAACAAAGUUAAGAUGGGAUCAGAAUUGGACAAAAUGUCUUGCAAGUACUUUCAAAUAA